AUGGUCAAGCUCACUCUUUCCUUUGUUAUGCUCGGCUUGGGCCUUGCUACUGCUGCUGUCGCAUAUGACAUGGGCUCCGCUAUCUCCGGAUCGGUCUACACCAACCCUUACAAGAAAUCGGGCAGUAUUGGCGAUGCCGACCUCGACACUCGCCUCGCCCGUGUCAGCAACUUGCAGCAGCUGCGUGAUGCCGUCUACGAGUGGCUUCCUGGAAAGUACACUUCUUUAUUUGAGAAGUCAUUGGGUAUUUGCGAAGAAAACUCCAAAAAGUGCAACCAGGUCGAAAUGGUCUGCUCCCUCGGUACUCCUGACUGCCGCAAGGUCAAACAAGGUGAAGAGAUGGACGAGUUGAUAUAUUACUUCACAGUUUCUUACUUAACCGUCUUUACCCACGGCAAGUGCCAGCACAACAGUGAGACCAGCAAAUGGUGUAGCAAGUUGGGCCUCUGCAACAAGUACUACGUUCAGAAUGACGAAAAGUGCAAGAAUUUGGACCUUAGCGAGGGUUCGGCGGAUGUGGAUAAAGUCAUAGACCAUUCGAGUCACACGAACGCAGAUGCCUAUUCUGUCGAGUACGACGUUCCCGCGGGAAGUUACACUUUGGCCGAGCAGAAGAAGGGCUGA